AUAAAGUCUUUUCUUUACCAUUUGUCUGUCUCCGACAACAUGUCUGUGUUUUGUGUAGUGUUUGUCCUGUGUUGGUACACCGUGACACCGAACACUGUUGUGGACGUGAAUCUCAUCACAGACAAGGUGAUUCAGGAGAUCAACCAGACAGUGUUUGUAGGAGUCGCACUGGAUGUAGCCCUGCUUCAGAGUAACUGGGAUGGACUGAACUUUAGCAAUGUUAAGGUCCUGACCCUGGCGAGGGGAUUGUCCCCCUGCUACCUUCGUGUUGGAGGAUAUGCUGGGGACGCUGUAACCUUCAGCAGCAGCCCGUCUAUGGUGAGAUCACACGUGGCCAACAGGGGACUUCUCGACCCACCUGCAAACUUUACCAUGACAGCAAGGGACUGGGAUAAUUUGAACGAAUUUUCCCAAAGUGCUGGCAUGAGCUUGAUAUUUGGGCUGAACGCACUGAAGAGGAAUGGCUCCAACUGGGAUCCGACCAAUGCUCUUGAAUUUCUCAGAUAUACACAACAAAAGGGGUACAACCUGGCAGGUGUGGAACUUGGAAACGAGCCCGACGAGUUUCUGGGGAGAUAUGAAGUGUAUGUCGAUCCGGACCAGAUUGGAGCUGAUGCACUCACCUUCAGGAAUCUCUUGAGAAAUAUGUCCUACUACAACAACACCCUCUUCAUAGGCCCCGACACAGCCAAACCCUUCAUAUACCUCGAUGAAUAUUUGGAUACUGAUGGGGGCGUGGCUGUGGAUGCGGUUUCGUUCCAUCACUAUUACUUCUCCCCUGAGAUCGCUGACCUGGACCUGUUCACACAGCCCCGCUUCUUUGACGACUGUAUCAAGAAGGUGGUGGACGCGAUGGACAUGGCCACGUUCCACGUGAAGACAAAGCCUGUGUGGCUGGGGGGAGACGUCCACGACCAGCGGGGAUGGGGCACCGGGAAUUUCCAACACCUACGUGGCAUCUCUCAUGUGGCUAGAUAAGUUGGGGGUGGCUGCGAAGUAUGGCAUAAAGACUGUUAUACGCCAAGAUCUCUAUGGAAGUUAUAACAGCCUGAUACAGCCAAACACAUUUGACCCUAACCCGGACUACUGGGUUACACUUCUGUACAAAAAGCUUGUGGGCCCACGGGUGUUCAACCUGACAACAUCGGCAGAUAACUCUGUCCGGGUGUAUGCACACUGCGCCAAACAGUCCAGAGACUAUGGAAGCGGAAGCGUUGUCCUGUACGCCAUCAACAUCAACCAGAACAACAUCACUUUCAGUCUGCUCCAGUUCGGGGACAGACACCUGGACGUGUUCUGGUUAACACCUCAGGGAAACAACAUCACGUCAACAGUAGUGGAGCUGAACGGUAGUCCGCUUCAUCUGAUUAACAACACCUUCCCCGCCUUCACCCCACUGAAUCUGACGUCCUACUUGACGAUACCUGCCUUAUCCUUAGGAUUUGUUGUCAUCCCCGAUGCCAAUGUUAAACUGUGUGUGUAAGACAUAUAUAGUGUAUGCUUGUCAAUGUUUAAUAAAUUAAACAUCAAAGA